CUGGGCAAAGAUGGCGGCGGUAAAGUGAAUGGAUGAAACGGAUGCCGCACAGCCCCGUCUAAGGAAGGAAUUUGUUUCACUGGCCCUGGUCUUAUUAUUUCAUCCACGUACAGUAAUGUAAUGUUUGUUUUGAACUGAAUCAACAAGUUCGUUAGAUGCUUUCUAAAUAAACGAAGGAUUAGGAUGAUAAUAUGACACAGGGCAAAAAGAAGAAACGGGCGAAUCGCAGUCUUCUGCUCGCGAAAAAAAUCAUUAUUAAGGAUGGAGGAACGCCGCAAGGGUUUGGGUCCCCCAGCGUUUACCAUGCUGUCAUUGUCAUCUUUUUGGAGUUCUUUGCCUGGGGCCUACUUACUACACCUACACUGGUGGUCUUACAUGAAACAUUCCCCAAGCAUACAUUUCUGAUGAACGGUCUCAUCCAGGGCGUUAAGGGCCUGCUGUCUUUCCUGAGCGCCCCGCUCAUUGGCGCCUUGUCAGACGUGUGGGGCCGGAAGUCCUUUCUCCUGCUCACUGUCUUCUUCACAUGCGUUCCCAUUCCACUUCUGAAGAUCAGUCCCUGGUGGUACUUUGCGGUUAUUUCAGUGUCUGGAGUGUUUGCUGUAACGUUCUCGGUCGUUUUUGCCUAUGUGGCCGACAUCACUCAGGAGCAUGAGCGCAGCAUGGCAUAUGGACUGGUGUCAGCCACAUUCGCAGCCAGCCUGGUGACCAGCCCGGCCAUUGGGGCCUACCUGAGCCGCGUGUACGGCGACAGCCUGGUGGUGGUGCUGGCGUCUGCCAUUGCCAUGCUGGACAUCUGCUUCAUCCUGGUGGCGGUGCCAGAGUCGCUGCCCGAGAAGAUAAGGCCAGCCUCCUGGGGGGCCCCCAUCUCCUGGGAGCAGGCUGACCCCUUUGCUUCUCUGAGGAAAGUGGGCCAGGACUCCACGGUGCUGCUCAUUUGUAUCACAGUGUUCCUGUCCUACCUCCCCGAGGCCGGCCAGUACUCCAGCUUCUUCCUCUACCUGCGACAGAUAAUGGGAUUUUCACCAGAAAGUGUUGCAGCUUUUAUAGCUGUGCUGGGAAUACUCUCUAUCAUUGCACAGACUGUCGUAUUGAGUUUACUCAUGCGUUCUAUCGGGAACAAGAACACUAUCUUGCUAGGUCUAGGUUUCCAGAUCCUGCAGUUGGCUUGGUACGGUUUUGGGUCAGAGCCAUGGAUGGUGUGGGCCGCUGGGGCUGUGGCCGCCAUGUCCAGCAUAACCUUCCCGGCGAUCAGCGCGCUGGUGUCGCGCACCGCGGACCCCGACCAGCAGGGGGUGGGCCAGGGCAUGAUCACGGGCAUCCGCGGCCUGUGUAACGGCCUGGGCCCGGCGCUCUACGGCUUCAUCUUCUACAUCUUCCACGUGGAGCUGGACGAGGUGCCCGACUCGGCCGGGGAGCCGCAGCCUCAGCUCAGCCAGCAGAGCGCGAUAAUCCCGGGCCCACCCUUCCUGUUCGGAGCGUGCUCGGUGCUGCUCGCCCUGCUGGUGGCCCUCUUCAUCCCCGAGCACAGCCACCUGGCGGCGCGGCCCGGCAGCUGGAAGAAGCACAGCUCGCCUCACGGGCACCCCCACAGCCCCCAGCCCCCGGGGGAGGCCAAGGAACCCCUGCUGCAGGACACCAAUGUGUGACAGCCCCACACACACGCGUCCAGCCAUCUGACGAGCUCCCACUGACCUUUCAAAUAAACAAGUAUUUGUGGAGAUAUCAGGUAUUGGUAACAGCAAGUGAAAGAUUAUAAAGAAGAGUGUACCACUUUUUUUGUUUCAUAUAUAAAAGAAUAUAUAUUGAAAGAAAUGUCUGUCCAAAGGCACUGUUGCAAUGGUUUUGUAUUUAUUCAUUUCAGAUUGGCUUUUUUAUUUUUCCUUAACAAUUGUUUUUGGAUGACAGUUUCCAUGGGCAUGGCUCACUCAGGGACACUAACCUGGUAGGACAGGGUUGUUUCUGAACACAGUGUGUUCACCAUUUGGAGGAAUGAGUUUCUGCAACUACAGCGACACAGAAACCUUCUGUCCCUCGGACAGCAUCGGCCUUUAGCCUCUGGGCUAGAGGCUGGGGAGAGUGUGACUGACUAAGACGGUGCAAAAGCUUCUGCUGCUCUCCUGUGAAAAGCCUUAAUUGACAAAACGACUGCAGAAUGCGACAAAUGAAGAAAGUGGAAUGGACUUGGUACAGCUGCGUUUUUAAGUACCUUUUACGUUGAUAGUCAUAUCAAGGAGUUGCCUGUGUAUUUUUUUUCCCUAUCAUUUCAGUCAACUUUGCUAUCACAGCAGUUUUCAUUGAUUUCCCCCCCCCCUCCUCCUCCAGUUUGGCAAUAUGUGUGAGGGUAGAGAUUGUAAAGAAGAGAGGGGUGCUUUCUGAUUGGACCACGUAGAGAUCUUCUCUCAGCCCUCUAAAUGAAAUUGCUGCAGACAGGUUUGCAAUGCUGAAGUGUUUUUCCUUAAAGUGUCAGUGUACAUGGCCAAGUUACAUACUGUCCAAGCUAAUGUAUUUACUGUAAACUGUUUAGGGAGCCUGACUUUAAACAAUGUAUUGCCUUUUAAAUCACGUCACAUCCAUGUCAAGGACCUCAGAAACAAUCUGACUAGUAGCAUAGUGUUGGAAGUGGAAGAUCUGUGUUUAUCAGUGGCCUUCCUCAAGAAAUUUCACUAAAAUGUCACAUGUAA